UGAUCUUUUGACUGCUUGUUCGCGACUUCUGCAGAGUGAGACGCCUGUUGUGUGACAGAUGACAGCGCACAGCCGAGCGCCCGGAAAGACCAGGAAGUUGCAGAGAUUCGGGCCGCAAGCGCCACGCUAAUGUCAUGCGCCGCACAGCCACGCCAGCUCAUCAAGUUUCCAACCUCAUUUUACACUUUUAUCCUUAUGUAUCAGCGUGGCAUUAGAUGGGAUCGGAUGCUCUAUCGAAGUUGACCACAGCCGGUGAGGCUGCCUUUAAGUCCUUUCAGCAAAGAUGGCAAGGAAGGAAGAAAGGCGCACCUGAUGCACAGUUAGCAGAAGCCGUUCGACAAAAGAACCUUUACCUCCGACAGAUCACGGCGAAGAUCACAGGCAACUCAGAGUCCGAGGUACCUCCGCUCAUAUGCUCACCCCAAGCGUAUAGCCGUGCAGUCUUCCUAAUCACUACACCAAUCGCUUUCGGCAGGCUUGAACUUUCGAGGAAGACCUAUGACCUUCUCGCAAAGCACGUCGGUAUGAGCAUGAACAGCAUCUCCCAUUGGGCCGUGGUAGUCGUUGAUCGCGGGCUUGGGCUAACAUAUGCAUACGACCUGAUGAGCGAUCAACUAAAAGUUCAGAUGUUGAUGAACAAUUACUUCCGUGUAUACGAAGCUACCGAGGAGUUUGUUGCUACAUGGAGCUCGUGCUAUUACGUGGGCGAGACGACAAAGAGACAUGAGGAAAUCCAGGCCCUUGGUGAACACUUCAUCGCCGCAAAUAAGCGGUACAACCUGCUCUCGAACAACUGUCAACACCUCACGGAGAAUCUCGUCAGAGAGCUUUGCAACGGGAAGAUGAUCAGCCAAGCCAAGUUGGAAGAAGAGAUUCGCUUGAUUUCGCCGAAGAUUGCGCGUGACUUGAUGGUGGCUAGGCUAAGGUCGAAGCUUGAGAAGGAGGAUCAGAAAGAGGACAGCGAAUCAGUGCAAAACGACGUCUUCACCAUCAAGGAACUGUGGGGCAGAAUCAAACAUUAGGAAGCAAGGAUUGUGGCGGCGUGGGCCGCUUGAUGAAUACGAUGGAAUACUGCACUGAGUUGCUAUCUAGCUAGUAGAAGACGAUGUAUACUUGUCCUGAAACAUGCUAGUCCAGAAUAGUCUGAGUAGGAAUAAUCAGGCCUCGUACGGGCCGAUUGAUACCGCGACAAGAAUGAUACCCUACCUAGAACCUUGAACUUGUAACGUACUAAAUUUCUUCGUCUA